GUGCGUACCUAAAUCUUACAGCCAUGUAUCUUAUAUUACUCGCAGCGCUUGCAGUUACUUCCCCAUGCAUAGAAGCAACAGAUGCUAUCUGGAAGAACGAAAAAGGACUGGGAACAUACCAGCGUGCAUGGACGAGCCUAAACAAGACUCCGGAUGUGAUAUAUUAUCAAGUGAAAUCGAACAACUUGUUUUCAGUGCCAUCAGACAGCGGUACACAGAUGAAUACAAAUUUAUUAUGCUGGAGCGUGAAAAUGGAUCACCUCAAUCAAACAACGCAAACAGCGGAGCGCCAGUUCUACUACAAACUUUCAAGCAAGCAGAAUUCUGUUUACGUACUGAGUGAAAAAGUAGAAAGUGUUUCGGCUCUAAAUUAUACAACAAAAAAUGCAAUUCAAUAUGAAUUCAAACAAGAUCAACCUAAAGAGCAAGAUCCUGUUAUAUUCACUGAUGGCGCGAGCUGCGAUCUCUUUAAUGUCCAACGAGAAAAGGAUGGAAAAGGCUGCGAGCUCUGGGUGAAGGACGCAUAUAAAGAUAAUGUCCCGUCAUGUUGCGCAUUUAUCUUCGACCUUCUGUGUGCACAGGAGGGCAGCUUCGACAUCUAUAAGAAGAACACGUGCCAGGAAGUUGUAGAGAGUUGGCCAAGACCUAAAGAAAAUGAGGCAACAGCCUUGGCACAACGUGUGGAUCCCAAGAUGACAAAUAAGUCACGUGGAGAUUUAACUGCAGAGGACAGUUAAUUUCUUGGGCUUACAAAACGUAACGACGCGGUACCUAUCCGGAUAUGUUAAAUUAGCCUCUGAACUACGAGAAAAUCAAAUUCUAUCUAGUAUCAAUAAAAUGCAAACAUAGAAAAUAAACACAAAAUAUUCUGUA